AUGGCCCCGCCGCAGCAACCAGCCGCUCCUGCGCCGGAGCGAGGUGACGCUGGAGAUCGAGCCGUGAAAAGCACCAGCCAGGGGAAAACGAGCAAGCGGUGCCGAGUGGUGCCGCCGCCAAUCGUGACUGACCUCCCUCCCCGGUCCGCAUCUGUGGGGUCUACACCUCGCGCGCAGUCGCGGAGCCCGGACGCAUCGGCACAGAAAGACCGUAUCGGCAAACGCGCGGCUGCAGAUCUGGUGGCUCAGCAAGUGCUGCGCGCGCGUAUGUACGGCAGUGCGAGGGAGUACAUGAUCCGCUGGGAGGGCGUAGUGCAGCCGCUUUGGAUCUCCCGACGCAAAGCUCCACGGCAGGCCAAGGAAUUAAUUGAUCUGUUCUCCGCGGAAUUACGCGCACAAGAAGCUGAGGCAGCGCGGCGCGCGGAGGCCGAGUUCUACACCGUCGAUCACAUCGUCAACCACCGAACGCACUACAACAAGCGGCAGUACCAAGUGCGGUGGGAGAACUAUGACGCAAGCGACGACACGUGGGAGAACGGCGACAAGCUGCGCGCGGAUGUACCCGACAUCGUUGACGCUUACGAGGCGCAACUUGAGCGCGACCAGACUCGUGCCGAGGCACUUGAGUCGGCCAUGUCGGAGCUCAAUCGCGAUACCGCGGCGAGACCCAAAUCGACAGCAAAGAAAAGGGGAGUUGCCGAAGCCAAGGAAAAGCGACCACGCAUCGCUACGGAGAAAGAAAACAAGGGCAAGGAUGGCGAUGGCGGAAAUUCAGAUGAGGAUGACUACCAGUUUGACUUGGAAGAGGCGGAGCUGGAGGAGUUUAGCGAGGACGAGUACGCUGACAGAUUGCACGCGUGA